GGGCCCUGCCAGGCUCCAGCUCCUACAGUACCCUGCCUGUCUCUGGUGGCUCUGACCUGAGGAGCUUUCAUUAUCUGUUAAACAAGCGCAUGGGAAGCAUCACAUAAAGCUCUCCCUGGAGCCCUGUGCGGCCUUGCUGCAGGGGGUAAUGAUCUCUUAUUAACAGUUACAGAAUGGACUCUAACAAGGUGGCUGAACUUCUCCUGGCGGUGUAAAAGGUUACACCGCUCGAUAAUGACAAUAGAAAAGACCGAGUGAAGCAGAAAUGUGACAACACUUGUAAAAGAGGCUUCAGUGCAUUGACAGCUCCAGGUUUGUGCCCGUGCAGGGGCACCGAGACGGACGAGGAAACCCCGAGGAUCAGGGCCUCCUGUCCGGAUGACACCGGCAGGAGCCAGCCGCACCGCUCUCCUUAGCUAGCAUUAGCUAAGCUAACAAAUGUCUUCCUUGCAUUUGAAAUAACUUGUAAAUGGAUAACUUGAUUCAGUCGACUGCAUUUGAGGUGUGUGCGACCGGGAGUCGUUAAGGAGUUCGCUGUCUCUGGAUGGACGGACAACACCCUUUUCUAGGAGUGUGAGUGACUGUGAUAACUGCGAAAGGUUCUCCAGGCAUGAUGGAAGGACCUCAUAGCCAGGCUUUAGGCCUGGACCCACGCAGGCAGGAACUGCUCGAGGCUCGCUUCACUGGAGUGGGUGUGACCAAGAGUUCAGCCAACAGUGAAUCUUCCAACCAGUCAUUGUGCAGCGCGGGAUCACUCAGUGACAAGGAACUGGAGACACCAGAGAAGAAGGCCAGCGACCAGAGAAGCAGGAAGAGAAAAGGAGACAUCUAUGACAGCAACAGUCAGGGAAAAGGAAGAGGGCACAAAAUAAGUGAUUAUUUUGAGUUUGCUGGUAGCAGUGGCUCUGGCACCAGUCCUGCCCGGGGCAUCCCCAUGCUGGUGCGCUCCUCUCCACAGCACUCACUGUCUAAUCCUCUGUUUCAGCACGGCAGUCCUUCAUCCACAGGCUCAGCCCACACAGACUCGUCAUCUUGCAGCUCUGUUAAGGCGGCCCUAACGCAGUCCUGCUCACACAAAGCCAUCCAGUCAGAACUGACCCUGCUGAAACUGACGGCCCUGGAGAAAAACAAGAACUCUGACCUGGAGAAGAAAGAAGGCAGGAUAGAUGACCUGCUGAGGGCAAACUGUGACUUGAGGCGGCAGCUGGAUGAGCAGCAGAAGAUGCUGGAGCGCUUCAAAGAGCGGCUUAACAAGUGUGUGACCAUGAGCAAGAAGCUGCUCAUCGAGAAGUCAAAGCAGGAGAAGAUGGCCUGCAGGGACAAAAGCAUGCAGGACCGGCUGCGUCUGGGCCACUUCACCACCGUCCGGCACGGAGCCUCCUUCACCGAGCAGUGGACAGACGGAUACGCCUUCCAGAACCUCAUCAAGCAGCAAGAGCGAGUCAACUCACAGCGGGAGGACAUUGAGAGGCAGAGGAAGCUGCUGGGGAAGCGGAAACCUCCCUCCAUGGCCCAGACGCCUCCACCCAGCCUUGAACAGAACAGACGCAAGAGCCGGAACAAUGGCCAGGAGAAUGAAGCGUUGUCACUAGCAGAAUAUCAUGAGCAAGAGGAGAUUUUCAAACUUCGUAUCGGUCAUCUAAAAAAGGAAGAAGCAGAGAUCCAGUCAGAGCUUGAGCACUUGGAGCGAGUGAGAAACCUGCACAUUCGGGAGUUGAAGAGAAUCCACAACGAGGACAACUCGCAAUUUAAAGACCACCCUACACUGAACGACCGAUAUCUGCUAUUAUAUUUACUUGGAAGAGGCGGCUUUAGUGAAGUUUUCAAGGCUUUUGAUUUGACAGAGCAGAGGUAUGUGGCCAUUAAAAUCCAUCAACUCAACAAGAACUGGAGGGAGGAGAAGAAGCAAAACUACCACAAACACGCCUGUAGAGAGUACAGAAUCCACAAAGAACUUGACCACCCGAGGAUAGUCAAACUCUACGACUAUUUCUCAAUCGACACAGACUCGUUCUGCACAGUGCUGGAGUACUGUGAAGGCAAUGAUCUGGACUUCUACUUGAAGCAGAAUAAGCUGAUGAGCGAGAAGGAGGGCCGCUCUAUCGUCAUGCAGAUCGUCAAUGCCCUCAAGUACCUCAACCAGAUUCGGCCACCCAUCAUCCACUACGACCUCAAGCCUGGAAACAUCUUGUUGGUUAACGGCACAGCCUGUGGAGAGAUAAGGAUCACCGACUUCGGCCUGUCCAAGAUCAUGGAUGAUGACAGCUACAGCUCUGCAGAUGGCAUCGAGCUGACCUCACAGGGAGCGGGGACCUACUGGUACCUGCCUCCUGAGUGCUUUGUGGUGGGCAAAGAGCCCCCCAAAAUAUCCAACAAGGUGGAUGUUUGGUCAGUAGGAGUCAUCUUCUACCAGUGCUUAUAUGGACGCAAGCCGUUCGGUCAUAACCAGUCCCAGCAGGAUAUCCUUCAAGAAAACACCAUAUUAAAAGCCACUGAGGUGCAGUUUCCCCCGAAACCUGUGGUCACCACAGAAGCAAAGGCCUUCAUUCGACGUUGCCUGGCUUAUCACAAGGAGGACCGUGUGGAUGUUCUGCAGCUGGCUAACGACCCCUUCCUCAUGCCCCAUAUCCGUAAAGCCCUGGGCAGCAACAGCACACCCAUGGCACCUCCUCUCCCCUCCACCUCCAGCUGCUACAGCAGCAGUGCCUCCGACUGAAGCAAGCCGAAAGAAUCCUAUAAGAAAAAUCCCCCAGUGAGGACAAAGCCACGCGGAGACGUUACACACUUGAUGAAACUCCUCCUUUGCUCUCUCUCAAGAGCAGAGAGCAUGAUGGGAUAUAGGGAUAACUUAGAGUGUGAAUGGAACCAAAAUGGUGGAUGAUGUGGUGAUGUAGUUGCGCCCACCACCAUUGUCCGAGUGGUAAAACAUGAAGGGCCGUUCUCUGGCUGUGGGCUCUGUAGAACCCAAAGAUCUGCCCAUAUGCAUGCACUAACACAACAAACUUUGGCUCAUUUCAAAAAGGGGCUCUCUACAAUAGUAAAAGCACCCGAAAAAUUGCACAACUGACAGGCGGAGAGAUAUGCCACCUGUGGAAGAUCACCUUGCCUGUGCUCUGUGGACGGUUUAGAAGAAGAAGCAUUAAUGAAAAACGUCAUCGCAUCCAGCUUGAAAUGUAUCAUCUAUUAAACUAUUUUUCAGAACUACAGUGGUCAUUUUCACAUAUGUAUCCCUAUAGGUUUGAACCUGGGACUUUAAGGAAGGGCUCCUACAAGUGAUAAGGAAUGACUGAUGACCAAAGUUCAAGGCCUGCCUUGUUGACAUGGAGGUUCAGAAGGUGAAACUGAAGAGGGCUGAUUGUGGGAAAGAGUAACUGGUUUUGACCUAUUUUAAAUAUUUUCUGGAUAACUGGAAGUCAGCUUAUUAUUUUAAUUGUUAAGUCCAUAUUUUUCCAAGAAAUGUAUCCCCUCUAAUGUUUUUGUGAACCUUACAGGGGGGCUGACUGUGAGUGUUGUGAUGAGAGUUAAAAAUUGAACUGAGAUAAUUAUGAAAUCAUUAAAAAUUACAUUUGGUUAA